GCCACAUGAAUGUUUUUAUAUUAUAUUUCUAACAUAGCGGAUUACGGAAAAGCCAAAAACCCGCCAUGGUGGAUAUUUGAUAACACUUCUAGAGAGCAGAGCUCAAUAAAUAGCGCAGAUAUUCUAGGUAAAAAUAGUCUUCAAGAAGAUUCAAGGAAUUCCUAUUACAGAGUGAAGCGCAGUUCUUGCAGGGUCCCGAUAAUGGCAACCACUGCUUGUUUCAUCAUUGUUAGCAGAAAUGAUAUUCCUAUACAUGAAGCUGAAGUUGAAGUAGCUGCUAAAAGGGAGGAUGCUUCUCAGCUGCACCAAUUUAUCUUGCAUGCUGCUCUUGAUGUUGUUCAGGACCUUGCAUGGACUGCUAGUUCUAUGUACUUGAAAUCGGUAGAUAGGUUCCAUGAACUCAUGGUGUCAGUAUAUGUCACUGCUGGUAUUGAGUCCCCAACUUUAAGGAGCAUUUGAUUCAAUUUGCUCAUUUGAUUGUAUGAUUAUACCAUUCUCCUUGCCCUUCCCUUAACACCCUUGCCAUUCACUGGUAGGGGAACAAAAUGAAAGAGUCAAUUAUGGAGAAUUCUUUAACCAUACAACCCAUAUAUUUCUUUACGUGUUUUAGUUUUUUUGUGAUAUCUUCCUUGACUUAUCAUACAUACCGGAUUUAUGUUGCUUCAUGACUUUCAUAAUGAUGAUGUAUUAAGAGUUUCUUUCAAGAUGAGCAUGAGCCUUACAUAAAGGUAAUUUGUGUUUUCUCGCACUCUAGAACAUGUUUCAAAUCUAGCCUUUUCUUACUUUAUUUGUUAAUUGCAAAUGUAGUCUUUUCUUAUUCUACAAUAGAAUGCUUCUCUUGAAAUGGGAUUGUUGUAAAGUUCAUCUUUACCAGUUCUUAAAGCAUGCUUUACUGACUGCAUUAUGAAUUACUGUUGGAAUUUUUUUAUCUGGUUCUAUCUUUGUUAUAUAACCAUGUUCUACGUUUCCCUCCUUAAUUUGCUGAAUUCCAUUCUUAACUUUUUGGAUGAUGAAUUUGCCAUAUUCUACUUUUCAAUAUUUCAGUUGCAUGAAUGCUUAACUAUCUGGUACAUUAUUUUCAACUCAAAUGAUGAAAAAAGCGUUUUAAAUUGUGAAUAGAAGUUUCGCGGAGUCCAUUCUAUUUUUUUUAUUUUUCCUGUGCUAGAAUAUGAUUGGCAACACUCCUAUCAGUUAUAGAAGUUGACAUAAGUAAUUUUAUUUGCAUGGUUUUUGGGAAUUUGCGGACUCUUCUUAAUCCCCUAUACUGGCCUGGCUCCCGGAUCAUGUCAUCACAUUUUGACACAAAAGUCUGUGCCCUUGCUCGCAAGUAUUUGUAGAAACCACUAGCUCCUGAGAAUCAAUGGUUAACAAGUUUCGGAAAGCAUUUUAUUCCUUUCAUGAUUUGGCUGUAGGCUUUGCUUUUGUCCAUAAUGUUGUGUACUCUGGUAAUAGCAGAAGGCUGUAUUUGCUAAUGAAAUAGAGGUGAUAUGCUGGCAAAAAGUUGUUCCAUUGGUAGUGACUAUUUGUAAUAGGGGGGACGAUCCUCUCAGUUGAAAUUCCGUGAUGGUUUCUCAUUUGUAUCUAUCUCUCUUCAUAUGUAUAAUGUUUUAAAUAAGUGUUAAAUAAGUGAAACCAUGUGAAUGUUUAUUAAGAGAGAGAUAGACUCAAACUUUAACAUGAGAAAAUAUGAGGGAAAUUCACAUGAGAGAAUUCUCUCUUUUGUAAUACAUACUAAUCUUAUCAUUGAUGGUCAACCAUAUGAUUUAAGUGGUGGAGAUUAUUUUUCUUUUC